ACAGGUUGACUAAUAAAAAAAUCUCUUUGACUUAACAUUACACCAAUUAUCCAAACAUGGAAGCAGCCAAAUGAUUUCCACUCAUAGAUGACUAAACUGGCUCCUCUUUGGGUAGUCCAAACAAUCAAGAGUGACCAGCAACUGCUAUAUUGGAAACUUGAGAGAACACACCCAAGCUUCAUCCCCCGAGACAGGGAAGAUGGACAUAUUUCCAGUCACCAGACUAUCAUUAUAAUGGAGGAAGACCCUGCUGUGAUUGAAUCAGCUACUUAUCUGUUCGAGAGGAAUCCAUAUUCCUCCACUUUGAUGAAGUACCACAAGGGGGCACUGCAUAUGCUAAGAGGUGGUCAUUUGAUUAAAAUUAGAAGUUAUGAUAUUGUACUUGUUGGCCAUGGUAGAGAGGCUUCCACAGGAGAACUCUACUUGUCUGGCUAUGGUGCAGAGGAAGUUGCCAGAUUGGUAUCCAGCCUGAAGACAGACACCCUCAUUGACACCAUCAGCCUAAUAAGCUGCAACCUGGGAAAUAACCAAAACUUUGCCCUGAAGCUGCUCCAAGGUCUCCGAUCUCUGAACGUGGCAACAAAACUGGACCUACACAAGACGCUCAUAUCAGUCUCUGCUGACGGAGGGAUAAUGAGCAGACAAGGGGGUGUCUGGAGGUCCCAUGACUACAGCAGUAGAGUCAUUGCUGAACUCAGCUCAACAAAUGACCUAUUGAUAAGGCAAACAUUUGGCUGUGCAGGUUCAGUAUUUCCAAAUUAUAAAGGAAAUAUUCUGUUCUAUUUUAAAAGUCUGGAGUGGCCAAGAUAUCCUCAAAUGUUUGUCCCAAUGGAGCUGCGCAAAAAGUACCCUUCUAUUAACUGCUUGGAGGGGCUCACUUGGAGUUUGUUCUUUGAGGAAAAUGAAAAAAGACGCGCUCCAGAUUAUAUCCCCAACAACGACCUGAAAGCUGUUUGGCUUGAAGGGACAGAAGAGAACAGCAUUGUCCUUAAACAUAUCUCCAACAUACAGGACCUUCUUGUGGAGAUCCGCUACAGUGCUAGAGAGGAAGUGGCCUCAGAACAGUAUUAUGUUCUAAAUGACUGCAUUUAUAAAAUACAUGGGAAAAACUUGAACACAAGUCUGGUAGGAAAGUUCAUGAGGACUGACAAUGAAGCUGAAAUUGAACUAUUUCGUCAGACUUUUGGUGACCAGCAGGGGGAAUCUUCCCUGCUGGAGCUGCAGCAAGGCCUUAAAGCAUCCAAAUUUACUGACUUCUGCCGCCAGACAUUUCAGUUCCAGCAGUGUACCUACAACUGUGAAAGGUGGGGACGUUACUUCAUGGCAGCAGUUUUCUCAGCAUCAGUACGCAAUUUCCGAACCUUUUCACUUUUUCUGAUGAGCGUUAUCGGCUGUGAAGUGGGACACACUCGAGGGACUGACAGUGCUCUGUGCACAGCAUUUGUCGGCCAUGACCAUCCCAUGAUUACUGAUCAGCCCUGGCCUGACCACCUCAAGCGAGGAUUCUAUGGUUGCACUAUUGACAACUAUGAAAUGGCACCACAGAACAGACGGCUCUGGCUGGAUCAAGUUGUUGCAAAGGAAAAUUCUCUGUACAUUAAAUCAAAGCAAAUGAUGGAUGCUGUGAAUCACAAUGACCAAACUGAGUUGGAGAUCUUUGGCAAGAUUAAAGUCAUGAACAAGUAUGUGUUUUCAUCUUAUCUGGAAUACUUUCGUGGUACACCUGAAGGCAAGAAACUCAAGAGAGGAUGCACUCCCUCGUUCUAUGAGAACUAAAAUACACAAUCUUCCUAAUUCGUAGGAGAUUAGUUGUUAGCAUAAAUAUGAUGACAAUGCUUGUCACAGGCUUUGGAAUUCUUUUAUUGCAGUCUUUAA